AUGAUACCAGCUCCGCCUCUUAAUAUUCCCAAGUCAUACGAGACACUCCCCCUCACUGAUGUCAAGGUCUCGCAUCAUCCGGAGGGUGUCCCAGUAGCAACACCAGUAGUGGUGGUGACACUGAACCGACCGGACAAGAACAAUGCAUUUUCCACACAUCUUAUGGAUGCCUUCGAGAAGCUGUACCCACUGUUUGACGUGGACGAGCGAGUCAAGGUCGUCGUGUUGACGGCAACAGGGAAGAUCUUCUGCGCCGGUGCCGACCUGAAGGAACCGUUCAAACCGGCCAAGGAGCGACCACUCGACUUUCGCGACCCUGGCGGUCGCAUGGCCCUCGCCAUCUACCGAUGCCGCAAGCCCACCAUCGCCGCCCUCCAAGGCUCCGCCGUCGGCAUAGGCAUCGCCAUAACGCUACCCUGCGCGAUCCGUAUAGCAUGCGAGCAGGCCAAGUACGGGUUCGUCUUCGCCCGUCGCGGACUAACUCUGGAAUCCAGUUCAUCUUUCUUCCUCCCCCGUCUGAUUGGAUACUCGCACGCAAUGUACUUGCUGACCACCGGCCAUGUCCUGCCGCCCACAUCGCCGCAUUUCGGGUCGCUGUUUGCAGAGACUCGACCCAAUGGUGCGCAGGUGCUCUCUCGUGCGCUGGAGUUGGCGACUGAGAUUGCGGAGAAUGUUAGUCUACUAGCGUGGCAUUUGAAUCAUGCGUUGAUGUGGCGCAAUCCCGGGACCGUCGAGGGAGCUCAUAUUGUUGAUUCGACGGUGAUCUAUCAUAUGUUUGGUGGGAGGGACAUGCAAGAAGGGGCCAAGUCUUUUCUAGAGAAGCGAAGGCCCAACUUCACGGCAACGUUGGAACACGCGCCACCGAACUACCCGUGGUGGAAUAAAAUUGAUACAGGCAGGAGGGUGCGGGCUGCAAAGCUGUGA